CCUGGAAAAUGGUCAACAAAGACAUGAAUGGCUUUCCGGUCAAGAAGUGCUCGGCCUUCCAAUUCUUGAAGAAGCGGGUACGAAGAUGGAUUAAGAGCCCAAUGGUCAGUGUGGACAAGCAUCAAAAUCCAAGCCUCAAGUAUCCAGGGCCCUCCCUGGUGCACAUCCCACCUGGGGAGUCUGACUUUGAGCCUUCCUUGUAUCAGACAUGCUUGGGGGACCAUGAUUUCCAAAGAGAGCUGCUCCCUCAUGAAAAGGAAUCAUGUUCGUGGGAAACUCAAUCUGGAUGUGAAGUGAAAGAACCAUGCAAUCAUGCCAACAUGCUCACCAAGCCUGAUCCAAGAACCUUCUGGACUAGUGAUGAUUCAGCGUUCAUGAAGCAGAGGAGGAUGGGCCUCAACGACUUCAUCCAGAAGAUCGCCAGCAGCUCCUACGCGUGCAAGCACCCAGAAGUCCAGUCCAUCCUGAAGAUCUCGCCGCCGCAGGAACCGGAGCUGAUGAACGCCAACCCGUCCCCUCCGCCAAGUCCUUCUCAACAAAUCAACCUUGGCCCAUCGUCCAAUCCUCAUGCUAAACCAUCUGAUUUUCACUUCUUAAAAGUGAUCGGGAAGGGCAGUUUUGGAAAGGUUCUUCUAGCAAGACACAAAGCAGAAGAAGCGUUCUAUGCUGUCAAAGUUUUGCAGAAGAAAGCUAUCCUGAAAAAGAAAGAGGAAAAGCAUAUUAUGUCGGAGCGGAAUGUUCUGCUGAAGAAUGUGAAACACCCUUUCCUGGUGGGACUUCACUUCUCCUUCCAGACUGCUGAUAAAUUGUACUUUGUCCUCGACUACAUUAAUGGUGGCGAGCUGUUCUACCAUCUCCAGAGGGAGCGCUGUUUCCUGGAACCCCGGGCCCGUUUCUAUGCUGCAGAAAUAGCCAGUGCCUUGGGUUACCUGCACUCCCUGAACAUCGUUUAUAGAGACUUAAAACCAGAGAAUAUUUUACUGGAUUCCCAGGGACACAUUGUCCUUACUGACUUUGGACUCUGCAAAGAGAACAUCGAACACAACGGCACAACAUCUACCUUCUGUGGCACACCUGAGUAUCUUGCACCUGAAGUGCUUCAUAAGCAGCCUUAUGACAGAACAGUGGACUGGUGGUGCCUGGGGGCUGUCUUAUAUGAGAUGCUAUAUGGCCUGCCUCCUUUUUAUAGCCGAAAUACCGCUGAGAUGUAUGACAACAUUUUGAACAAGCCUCUCCAGCUGAAGCCAAAUAUCACAAACUCUGCGAGACACCUCCUGGAGGGCCUCCUGCAAAAGGACAGGGCAAAGCGGCUCGGUGCCAAGGACGACUUUAUGGAGAUUAAGAGUCACGUCUUCUUCUCCCUAAUUAACUGGGAUGAUCUCAUUAAUAAGAAGAUUACUCCUCCUUUUAACCCAAAUGUGAGCGGCCCCAGCGACCUGCGGCACUUUGACCCCGAAUUUACCGAAGAGCCAGUUCCCAACUCCAUCGGCAGGUCCCCCGACAGCAUCCUCCUCACGGCAAGCGUCAAGGAAGCCGCAGAGGCCUUCCUGGGCUUCUCCUACGCACCACCUGUGGACUCUUUCCUCUGAACAGUCUGGGCAUGCUUGCAAAGGAUUUUUGUGUGGUGUUCAGAUGUUUGAGUUAGCAUUCUGGUGGAGCUGCCAGCUGCCGGGACAUCUUUCAAGAAUUUGCACAUCCCUGGAAGCUUGCACAUCUUGGUGAUCUUACUUGCGCGCUGUUUGCUGGAAGCUUUUCGAAGAGCACAUCUUCUCAGUGAGCUCGUGGGGUUUCAUUUUUAAGUUUUUCCAAGUGGUGCUAUCUCUGGAAGGAGCAUCCAAGAGCCGCCUUAGACAGAUAUACAGUGGUUUGGGGAGGAGGAGUUGCUUCUCUGAGAAAGAUCUGGAGCUCUGUCUGGGCCCUGAUAAAGAAGCUUAUUGAAAUGUGCCUUUUCUGAUGAGAUCAUGUUAGCUCCAAAGCUUUUCCUCUAUUGCAGAGCGUUAGUUUCAGUUCUUUAUUUUCCCUGGUGGACUUGCUGCGUGAACAGUGGGAGGAGUACAGGUUGCUGGUCACUGAAGGAUUUUGGCAUCAGAAUCAAUGUGACGCUUGCAGGACGCUACAAUGUGCGACAUUGUUUGUUUCUUCCAUAUUUGGAAGAUAAAUUUAUGUGUAGACUGUUGUUUCUCUUUUUUGUAAGAUAAUAGUUAAUAAUUAAAACUUAUUGAAAUGGUCUUGCAAUGACUUGUAUCCAGAUGCUUAAAGAAAGCAUUGCUGCUACGAAUAUUUCUAUUUUUAGAAAGGGUUUUUAUGGACCAAUGCCCCAGUUGUCAGUCAAAGUCUGGUGUUUUCAUUGUUUAAAAUGUCACCUGUAAAAUGGGCAUUAUUUAUGGGAUUUUUUUUUGCAUUCCUGAUCAUUGUAUAUAUUAUAUAAAGGAAGUCUGUACAUUGGGUUAUAACAUUAGUAUAUUUAAACUUACAGACUUAAUUUGUAAUGUAAACCACCAAUUUAACGUACUGUAAUUAACAUAGGUAUAAUAUGUACAAUUCCCCUUCUCCCUACCACACAACUUUUUUUGUGUGUUGAUAAACCUAUUUUUGUUUGCAAUAAAACCUUGAAAAGUAUUUACAUAAA